GGGGGGGGGUGGAGUCAAUUCUGCUGAGCUUUCUCGCGCGCUUGCAACUGCGGCAAGUACCGGCAGCGACUGCUAGUGCAAGUCAGCUUGCGUGGGAACGAGCUUUGUGGCUGAAAACGUCUGGUUUGUUGUUACAAAGACUCUAUUGACGUUGGUAGCUUCCGCCGCGGCUGCAUCUUAGGAUAGAGAUAAUUGCUUUCUACAGAGGCUACAGGCAUCCUUCCCUAAGACUGUGUAGGCUUUCAGCGCCUUGCAAGAGACAUGCCUCGGGGAAGGAAGAGUCGGCGCCGCCGUAAUGCAAGGGCCGCAGAAGAGAACCGCAACAAUCGCAAGAUCCAGGCCUCAGAGGCCUCUGAGACCCCAAUGGCUGCUUCUGUGGUCCCAAGCACCCCAGAAGACGACCUCAGCGGCCCGGAGGAAGAUCCAAGCACUCCAGAGGAAGCCUCCACCACUCCCGAGGAAGCCUCUAGCAGUGCCCUAGCGCAAAAGCCUUCGGUAGCCCGGAGCAAUUUUCAGGGCACUAAGAAAAGUCUCCUGAUGUCCAUAUUAGCCCUCAUCUUCAUCAUGGGCAACAGCGCAAAAGAGGCUCUGGUGUGGAAAGUGCUGGGGAAGUUAGGAAUGCAGCCUGGGCGGCAGCACAGCAUCUUUGGAGAUCCGAAGAAGGUCGUUACAGAAGAGUUUGUGCGCAGAGGGUACCUGAUUUAUAAGCCAGUACCCCGCAGCAGUCCAGUGGAGUACGAGUUCUUCUGGGGCCCUCGAGCACACGUGGAGUCCAGCAAGCUGAAAGUCAUGCAUUUUGUGGCAAGGGUUCGUAACCGAUGCUCCAAGGACUGGCCAUGUAAUUAUGAUUGGGAUUCGGACGACGAUGCAGAGGUUGAGGCUAUACUUAAUUCAGGUGCUAGAGGUUACUCUGCCCCCUAGGAAAAUCUGAGGUAGACCCUACGGAAUGGAAAAGAGAGUUCAAGAUACCCCAGGAGUAAGUGACCUGGGUCCGGAGUUGAAAUGACGUGAAUGGGGGAGGGCACUGUAUUUGGUAUUUGUGAUCAGUGCUAAUUGUUUAACUGCGAAAUAGAGUGUUUGCUUUGGAUAUUGUAAACUUGUAUUCAUUUUAUAAUACUGUUAAUUAAGGAUCACAAUAUGUUUAAAUAUAUAAUUGAACAGUUUUUU